AUGCCUCUUAUCGACUCCCGCUCUGGCCCGUCGUACGGUACAAUCGAGCACGACAACAUGGACGCCGAGAGGGACCAAUUGUUGGCGGAGGACUAUGACACGCACGGCGAGCCUAGCGGCGUUUCGACUCCCGACGAGACGCAGGAAGGUGUUCUUAAAAUCGAGGCCAUUAAUAUGACAUGGACAGCUCGAUCCUUAAUUGUCGCCUACGUCGGUAUAUUCCUCAUGGCAUUCUGCACGUCUCUAGAAGGCCAGACAGUGAUGUCCUUGUCGGCAUAUGCUACUAGUGCCUUCAGCAAACACUCGUUGAUCUCGACGGUCCUCGUCGUCCAGAAUGUAGUCAAUGCUGUUAUCAAACCGCCCAUGGCCAAGGUCGCUGAUGUUUUUGGUCGUUUUGAAGCCUUUUGUCUCAGCAUUUUGAUCUACGCCCUGGGAUAUGUGCAAAUGGCAGCUUCCACCAAUGUGCAAACUUACGCCUCUGCCCAAAUCUUUUAUUCAGCCGGCUCGACCGGCUUGCAGAUCCUCCAGCAGGUGUUCAUCGCCGACAGCAGUGACCUGUUAAACCGUGCAUUCUUGGCAUUGCUGCCCGAGUUCCCGUUCUUGGUUACUGUCUGGAUCGGGCCGACUAUUGCAGGGGCGGUGCUCAAAGCAUCUUCAUGGCGAUGGGGUUAUGGCAUGUGGGCGAUCAUCUUGCCCGCGGCUUUCCUGCCUCUGGCGCUCACUCUACUUUUCAACCAGCGCAAGGCUCGAAGACUGCAUUUGAUCAAGGAGUCCAGGCAUAGGCGGAGAAAAACUAACUUCGUUGGCUUUGUUAAACGGACCUGGUACGAUCUUGAUGUCGGCGGUUUGACACUGCUCUCUGCCGCUGUCACUUUGCUCUUGGUGCCGUUGACCCUGGCGGCCAACGCCAACGGUGGUUGGAAAAACAAGAGUAUCAUUGCGAUGAUCAUUCUUGGUGUUCUAUGUCUGUGCAUCUUGCCAUUCUGGGAAUCUUCGAAGAAACUGGCCCCCAAGCCCUUGCUCUCAUUGCAUCUCCUCAAGCAACGAACUGCUCUCGCGGGGUGUGCAUUGGCAUUCUGGUAUUUUAUGGCGUUCUACUUCUCCGUCCAACCCUACCUUUACUCCUACCUGCAGGUCGUCCAGGGAUACGACGUAGCCACCGCCGGCCGCGUCACUCAAACCUUCGCAUUUACAUCCACCAUCGCCGCAUUCAGCGUCUCCCUUCUGAUUAAAUAUACCCGCCGCUACCGAAUUUUCGUGACAAUCGGCUGUGUUAUCUACAUGACCGGUCUGGCUCUGAUGCUUUUAUACCGUGGCGAAGGCGCCUCUCACCUGCAAGUGCUAGGCACUCAGGUCAUAAUCGGCUGUGGUGGUGGCCUGCUCAACGUUCCGGUCCAAUUGGGUGUGCAAGCCUCCGCAAGCCACCAGGAAGUGGCCGCCGCCACCGCGAUGUUCCUGACCUCCAUGGAAAUGGGUGGCGCCGUCGGCGCAGCCAUCUCCGGAGCUGUAUGGUCCCACCAGAUCCCGAAGAAGCUGCUCCAGUAUCUACCGGAAGAAACCAAGUCUGAAGCCGGCGAGAUCUUCGGCAAGCUUACCAAAGCCCUGUCUUACGAGUUCGGCUCCCCGACUCGCACGGCCAUCAACCGCGCCUACCAGGAGACCAUGAACAGGCUCCUGAUACUCGCCAUCAUCGUGACCUUACCACUCAUCCCACUCAGUCUCGCAAUGGUAGACUACAAACUCGACAAGAUGAUUCCCGGGUGUCACGACGACAGUUCCGAAGAACCAACACCUCCUCCCCUGGAAGACCCCGACUCCAACACCCACCACAAGCGAAUCUAG